AUGUUUUUUUUUUACAAUACACUUAAUUUGUUUCUUAAGGGAGAAGACUAUGCUCGACAAAUGGAAGAGGAAAUGCGGAAGAAAGCUGAAGCAGCACGAGCACAAGCUGAAGCAGAGCGAAAGAUGGCUGAAGAACGACAUGCUCAAGCAAAAGCACAACAAGAGGCAGCCCUGAGAGCUAUGCAAGAACAAGUGAAAAAAGCACAAGAAGAAGCGCUUCAGAAAGCCCGAGAAGCUAAAGCUAAAGCUGAAGCUGAAGCGAAAGCGAAAGCCGCUCAAACAAUAGCCCAGGCAGAAGCCCAAGCUCGUGCUCAGAUGGAAGCUCAAGCCAAAGCUAAAGCGCAAGGUGAAGCAGCGGCUAAGAAAUCGCAGCAAGAAGCUUUAGAAAAAGCGCAAAAGGCAAAACUGGAGGCAGAACAAAAGGCCAAGCUGCAGCAACAACAACAACAACGACAACAGCAAACACCAGCUGCACAGGCGCCAAAUAGACCCGCUGGAGUACCCCCUACUACUGCUGUUUCCCCAAAACCCGCGAUUGGCACUCCCAACCAAGCUGCACCUAACGUGCCGAGAAAGACAGUGCCUCAGGUUCCAGCAAAGCCGGCACAACAGGUGCCAGCAAAGGCUGCUCCUGUUGGACCACCGACUGGAAUAAGAUCUAAACCAGAUGCGGUGACCAUCGACCAGAACGAACCAAAAAAACCUGCAUAUCGCACGCCUGGAAAGGUGGUGAAUCCGAUGAAUCCGAUGCCUGAGCCGAAACAGACACAACCACGGCCACUGGAGCCGAUAUCAACGAACACGCCGACGUUGCGAAAUACUGCUAAGAUGCAAGAAGAAGCAUUAACCAAGGAAACAACUCGACCAACGAAAGGCGUCCAUGCCGAAAAGCCUGGCAUUCGACAAGACAACGUUCGUGAGCGUUUCGUCGAAAAGAACGAACCUGUCAUCGAAACGAAACAGAGCGUGAAACGUACCGGCGUAUUGGCGGGGGCGACACGAUGGGAGGAGGAGUCGGCACGUCAACUCGCCGCCAACACUAUGGGCAUGGAUGGAUCGGUACCGACCGCUGUACGUCUACAGAAAGUGAAAUGGAACGAAUUUCCCGAAGAAGUCGUACCUGAGAUCGGAUCCGCGCCAAAAGUUCACACACAGGAAUGGAAGCCAGUGAAUCAGGAAACUAUCGAAAUACAACGUAAUCAGUACCGACCGUCGAAAAUCUCUCGUGUUUGGCCGCCACCACAGGAAGAGGUCGUAAAGGAGACGGAACCAGUCCGAGUUAUUAAAGCAAACGAUGAUUGUGGAUGGAUUCAACAGGACCCGAACGACGUUGUAAGAUCCACCGUAUGGCAGCGGAAUUCGAAAAUUGACUUGGUUUGGCCACCACCUGAAGGAGAAACAGUCAUUCAAGGAUAUCAAGGUCCGCAGCACAUGCCAUCAGUUCAAUGGCCGCCAGCAGAAAGUGAGCAACACGAGCGUGAGCAAAUUGAAGUUCUGCAGAAGCAUAUUCCUGCACGAAAAAUGGACUACCAGUGGCCUCCACCACCGCCUGUCUAUCAGGUGGUGAACGGCGACAUCACACCGUCAGACGCCGCAUCUGCCGUUGCUGUUGAAACAAAUGCCGCCAAUGUAGUCACCGUUCCCGGUGGAGGAAAGACUAUCACCACCAUCACAACAACAAAAACCAGUCAGAAUACAAAACAACCAGUGCCGAAUCCGGUAAGCAGCAUGAAAAUCGGAAAUCUUGUAAUUGAAUAG